AAACUUAAUGACAAAGAAGAAACAAGUUGAACCACAUCUUCAUCUGCUGGGCGGGGCAGUAUCGGGGCUAGCUGCUUGCGUGCUGUUGCAGCCAUUAGACCUGGUGAAAACUAGACUGCAACAAGAGCUUCACCACCGACGUACGCUCAUUUCGAAUGCGGCCCUUACAAAGCUUCACGAUGGCACAAUUUUCAAAGACCUAACCCUAUGGUCGACGGCACGGGAUGUGAUACGAAAGGACUCUGUAUGGGGACUAUGGAGAGGCACAUGGCCAACAGUUAUUCGCAAUGUACCCGGAAGUGCUCUUUAUUUCGUUACCCUGGACAAGAUGCGGCAUGGAUUACGGAGCUUACGGACAAGAGAGAAGGGGACAAUGUUGAAUGAUAGCACUGUCAAUCUUCUCAGCGGAGGAGCUGCACGGGUGGCAGUGGGGUAUAUCCUGAUGCCGAUCACUGUAAUCAAAGUCAGGUAUGAGAGUAAUUUCUACAAUUACACGUCAAUAUGGCAAGCAUCACGGUCAAUUCUAAAGGAAGAAGGGAUCGGCGGUUUGUUCCGCGGUUUUGGCGCGACGGCGAUGAGGGAUGCUCCUUACGCUGGAUUAUACGUGCUCUUUUAUGAGAACUGCAAGAAAAUACUAGGAGGGUUGACUGGAGGAUCGGCAAGUCUGAUGCCUGUGGUGCAUAUGAGCUCUGGCAUUGUCAGCGGUAUCGCCGCGACGGUGGUCACAAAUCCGUUUGACGUGGUGAAAACGCGAAUGCAGUUGAAGCCAUCUGAUUAUAGCACCAUGUUCCAGUCCGCACGGAAAAUUGCACGGGAGGAGCGCGCGAUUGGCUUCUUUUCGGGCAUGUUGCCACGGUUACUGAGGAAGACUGUCAGUUCUGCAAUUACGUGGACCAUAUACGAGGAGAUAGUGCGAUGGGGCUCGCAGCGGUCAUGAAGAUCAAUCAAUGUCCAUAGAUAAGCUUAUUCUACAUACAGUUAGCAUUUAGAAGUAUCAAUCGCACAACCUGUAAAUCCGCAAAGAUGUGGACGCAGAUUUCGAUGUCCGGUCAUCCUGACCCGAAUCUCUGAUGCAGGAAAACAUGACGGCAACUCCAUGUUAUCAGAAA